AUGUCGACAACAUCAUCAACGACAACGUGUCCGGCGUGUCACGAGAAACGCGUCAAGAGUCGUUUCAGUUGGCGUGCGAUUCUAUGGGCGAUUUUCUGUUUUCCGUGCGGAAUUUAUUGUUGUUUGAGACGGAAGACGUACUAUUGCUCACAGUGCGAGUGUGAUGUCGUAAAACGCACUGAAACUCGUCAAAUCGCUCCUCGCGGGAGUCAGAGUCUCGGAUAUAACUAUCGUCUAUACGAAUCGACGAAAAUCGGUCUUCCAGCCAGUUUCAGCGCCUACCGUAACCCAGCGAUGUCGACGACGUCAAGCACUGAUUCUACAGUAUCCACGACGUUGUCAACCGCCAAAAUUGUUCAAUAA